AUGGGCAUGCGCAACUGCCUCCACGGCAAUAAUAUGCCAGGACAACGCGAUAUCCCCCCUGAAAUCGGGGGGCAGCCUGAACAACAACCUUUGGCGGCCCCAGGGGCAGCUGCCCCCGGUGCUGGGCCUGGCCCAGCCGAAGAGAUGGCGGCCCAACCGACUCCCAAUGAGCCCGUCCCCGUCGAGGUCGAAGGAGAGGCCUGCGGACCCCCUGAGGUCUCCAUCCCCGACGUCCAGGCAGUCGAGGAAGACGGAGUCUGCGGAAACUACAGCCCACCUCCUGAAGAAGCCAUGCCCUUUGAGGUCGAGCAGCCCGGCGGCGGCGGCGAUUUCUGGCCCACCCAGAAGCAGCCUGGAUCCUCCGACGGGGCCCUUGCAGGCCUGGGGGCCUUCUGUUCAGCGCUCACGGAGCCCGGAGCAUCCGAUGGUGAGAGACCAGUGCGGGGAAGCUACAGCCCUCCACCAGAAGAAGCUAUGCCGUUUGAGUUUGACCAGCGUGCGCAGGGAGGCCGUGGCCAGCGUGUCCUGCAGGUCCCAGACCUUGCUCCAGGAAGUCCGUGUGCAGCGGUCCCCGGAGCUCCUCCCGUGGAGCCGCGAUCCUGCGGUCCUGAGAACGCGGGCUUCAGAGGAAGACGCAGCCCUCCCCCUGAGGAGGCUGUGCCAUUCGAACUUGAGGGAGAAGCAUUUGGGGACGACAGCCCACCCCCUGGGCUCCCCCGAGUUGUCCCACAAGUCGACUGUGGCAGCCACCCCGAGGCUGUUGCGGUCCCGGAUUCAGUCCGCCUCGCUCCCGCCGCGGAUGCGCCUGCCCUGCGGGCCGCAGUCACCCUCGGCAGCCCAUCCCGAGAGGCUGUCAGAGCUCCUUGCAACUUCGUGGGCGACGGCCCCCCGAUGGAGCUCUCCAGACCCUCAGUUGAGAUUGGCAGAGCACCCCCUGGGGUCAACGACGACACUCCUGUCAACACGGACAUCCCCCCAAUCGCGAAAGACGGCCCGCCCAUCGAGAUCUCGGGAGCCCCAGAUAAGAGCGAGCCAGCAGCGAGACCCCCAGUCGGGAGAGAAGCAGCCGAGAUGGAAGGAAGCUCAGCGGCCGCGCCCCCCAGCCCCGAGAUCCAGGCUGCUGACCCGCCUACUCCACGGCCUGCUCGGACGACUGCCUGGCGGGCCAAACCCGAGCGUGGCCGCGGCCACCUCCGCUAUGCCGACGAGGUGCAGGUUUGCGACGACUCCUCCAGCGACGAGUCGGAUGCCAAGACCACGGGAUGCUUCCAGUGGUGUCUGCGCCGAAAUCACCACCGAAAGGUCCAGCACAACUUAUUCCGCAACUUCUUCACCCGCGUCUUCUCGGGCUGCUUCCGCAGAUCUAGGGGCCACAAGGCCCGGAGCCACUGCAAGGCCAAGAAGGACUCUGUGGCCGAUAAGCGCAGGCAGAUGCGCAAAGAAGCCUUUGAGAUGCGCUCCCAGAAACGCUCCGCGAAGAAACGCAGCAAGCUCAUCGACCAGCAACUCCAGGAGGAGAAGAUGGGCUACAUGUACACUCACCGCCUGCUGCUUCUAGGUGCUGGAGAAUCUGGUAAAAGCACCAUUGUGAAGCAGAUGAGGAUCCUGCAUGUUAAUGGGUUUAAUGGAGAGGGCGGCGAAGAGGACCCGCAGGCUGCAAGGAGCAACAGCGAUGGUGAGAAGGCCACCAAAGUACAGGACAUCAAAAACAACCUGAAGGAGGCUAUUGAAACCAUCGUGGCCGCCAUGAGCAACCUGGUGCCCCCCGUGGAGCUGGCCAACCCUGAGAACCAGUUCAGAGUGGACUACAUUCUCAGCGUGAUGAACGUGCCCGACUUUGACUUCCCACCUGAAUUCUACGAGCACGCCAAGGCUCUGUGGGAGGAUGAAGGAGUGCGUGCCUGCUACGAGCGCUCCAACGAGUACCAGCUGAUCGACUGUGCCCAGUACUUUCUGGACAAGAUCGAUGUCAUCAAGCAGGCCGACUACGUGCCCAGUGACCAGGACCUGCUUCGCUGCCGCGUCCUGACCUCUGGAAUCUUUGAGACCAAGUUCCAGGUGGACAAAGUCAACUUCCACAUGUUCGAUGUGGGUGGCCAGCGUGAUGAACGCCGCAAAUGGAUCCAAUGCUUCAAUGAUGUGACUGCCAUCAUCUUCGUGGUGGCCAGCAGCAGCUACAACAUGGUCAUCCGGGAGGACAACCAGACCAACCGCCUGCAGGAGGCUCUGAACCUCUUCAAGAGCAUCUGGAACAACAGAUGGCUGCGCACCAUCUCUGUGAUUCUGUUCCUCAAUAAGCAAGAUCUUCUCGCUGAGAAAGUCCUUGCUGGGAAAUCGAAGAUUGAGGACUACUUUCCAGAAUUUGCUCGCUACACUACUCCUGAGGAUGCUACUCCCGAGCCCGGAGAGGACCCACGCGUGACCCGGGCCAAGUACUUCAUUCGAGAUGAGUUUCUGAGAAUCAGCACUGCUAGUGGAGAUGGGCGCCACUAUUGCUAUCCUCACUUUACCUGCGCUGUGGACACCGAGAACAUUCGCCGUGUGUUCAACGACUGCCGCGACAUCAUCCAGCGCAUGCACCUUCGUCAGUACGAGCUGCUCUGAGAAGGGAACCUAAAUUUAAUUAAAGCCUUAAGCGCAACUAAUUAAAAGUGAAACAUAAUUGUACAAGCAGUUAAUCACCCACCAUAGGGCAUGAUUAACAAAGCAACCUUUCCUUUUCCCCCCAGUGAUUUUUGCGAUACCCCUUUUUCCCUUCAGCUUGCUUAGAUGUUCCAAAUUUAGACAGCUUAAGGCGGCCUACAGAAAAA